AUGGCUGCUGAAACUUUUGAAUUUCAAGCUGAAAUUACUCAGUUAAUGAGUUUAUUCAUUAACACUGUUUACUCAAACAAAGAAAUUUUCUUAAGAGAAUUAAUUUCUAAUGCUUCUGAUGCUAUUGAUAAAAUCAGAUACCAAUCUUUAUCUGAUCCAAAAGUAUUAGAAACCGAACCAGAAUUGUUCAUUAGAAUCACUCCUAAACCAGAAGAUAAAGUUUUGGAAUUGAGAGAUUCCGGUAUUGGUAUGACUAAGGCCGAUUUGAUUAACAAUUUGGGUACUAUCGCUAAAUCUGGUACUAAAGCUUUCAUGGAAGCUUUAUCUGCUGGUGCCGAUGUUUCUAUGAUUGGUCAAUUCGGUGUUGGUUUCUACUCUUUAUUCUUGGUUGCCGACAAAGUUCAAGUUAUUUCUAAGAACAAUGACGAUGAUCAAUACAUUUGGGAAUCUAAUGCCGGUGGUUCUUUCACUGUCACUAAGGACGAAGUUAAUGAAAAGAUCGGUAGAGGUACCAUCUUGAGAUUAUUCUUGAAAGAAGACCAAUUGGAUUAUCUAGAAGAAAAAAGAAUUAAGGAAGUCAUCAAGAGACAUUCUGAGUUCGUUGCUUACCCAAUUCAAUUAUUAGUCACUAAGGAAGUUGAAAAAGAAAUCCCAUUGACUGAAGAAGAAAAGAAGGAAGAAGAUGAAGAGAAGACCGAAGAAGAUGACAAGAAACCAAAAUUAGAAGAAGUUAAAGAAGAUGACGAUGCUGAAGAAAAACCAAAGACUAAGACUAUCAAGGAAGAAGUUCAAGAAUUAGAAGAAUUAAACAAAACUAAACCAUUAUGGACAAGAAACCCAACUGAAAUCAACAAAGAAGAAUACAAUGCUUUCUACAAAUCUAUCUCUAACGACUGGGAAGAUCCACUAUACGUUAAGCAUUUCUCCGUUGAAGGUCAAUUAGAAUUCAAAGCUAUCUUAUUUAUUCCAGGUAGAGCUCCAUUCGAUUUAUUCGAAAGUAAGAAGAAGAAGAAUAACAUCAAGUUAUACGUUCGUCGUGUUUUCAUUACCGAUGAGGCUGAAGAUUUAAUCCCAGAAUGGUUAUCUUUCGUUCAAGGUGUUGUUGACUCUGAAGAUUUACCAUUAAACUUAUCCAGGGAAAUGUUACAACAAAAUAAGAUCAUGAAGGUCAUCAAGAAGAACAUUGUUAAGAAAUUGAUUGAAUCUUUCAACGAAAUCGCUGAAGAUUCUGAACAAUUUGACAAGUUCUACAAGGCUUUCUCCAAGAACAUCAAAUUAGGUGUCCAUGAAGAUACUCAAAACAGAGCUGCUUUAUCUAAGUUAUUACGUUACAACUCUACCAAAUCUGCAGAUGAAAUGACCUCUUUAACUGAUUACGUUACUAGAAUGCCAGAACACCAAAAGAACAUUUACUACAUCACUGGUGAAAGUAUGAAGAUUGUCGAACAAUCUCCAUUCUUAGAUGCAUUAAAGGCUAAGAACUUUGAAGUUUUAUUCUUAGUUGACCCAAUUGAUGAAUAUGCUUUCACUCAAUUAAAGGAAUACGAAGGUAAGACCUUAGUCGAUAUCACAAAGGAUUUCGAAAUUGAAGAAACAGAAGAAGAAAAGGCUGCCAGAGAAAAGGAAGAAAAAGAAUUCGAAGAAUUAGCAAAGGCCUUAAAGGAAAUUUUAGGUGAGCAAGUCGAAAAGGUUGUUGUUUCUCAAAAAUUAUCCGAUGCCCCAGCUGCCAUUAGAACCGGUCAAUUCGGUUGGUCCGCUAACAUGGAAAGAAUCAUGAAGGCUCAAGCUUUAAGAGAUUCUUCUAUGUCCUCUUACAUGUCUUCUAAGAAGAUUUUCGAAAUUUCUCCAAAGUCUCCAAUCAUUAAGGAAUUGAAAAAGAGAGUUGCUGAAGGUGGUGCCCAAGACAGAACUGUCAAGGACUUAACCAACUUAUUAUACGAAACUGCUUUAUUGACUUCUGGUUUCUCCUUAGAUGAACCAUCUUCAUUCGCCGGUAGAGUUAACAGAUUAAUUUCUUUAGGUUUGAACAUUGAUGAAGAAGAAGAAGAAGCUGCCCCAGAAGCUGCUUCAGAAGCUGUUGUCGAAGAAGUUCCAGCUGACACCGAAAUGGAAGAGGUUGAUUAG